AUGGUUUCAAUAUCUGCUUCAGGAAAAGUUAUUUUGUUUGGUGAACACGCAGUAGUGUAUGGCUAUCCUGCUCUGGCUCUCUCUAUCGAUGCGUCUACCACUCUGAAAUUCCGCCGUAUCAUUCCAAGUGAUGGCUCCGACAUUGCUUUUAAUCUCAAUUUUAUUGGCGUUUUUGAUAGGUCUAUUUGCUUGAAAAACAGUGAUUUUGUCUUCGAUCUUCCAUCCGAUAGUGAAGGUUCUGAUAUGCAUAGCUUCUUUCUUACGAAAUCGCAAAACCUGUUGUCUCAGGUGGAUGGUUCCAGGCACAUUGUGCAGAGCGUCGCAGUUAUUCUUUUUUCUUAUCAUUUAUUGCAUUCAAAAUAUCGUGUCAGAACUGCUAGUCCCCCGUGUGAUAUCACAAUUUCUUCAACGCUGCCCAUCAACGCUGGACUUGGCUCGUCUGCUGCAUACUGCUCUGUCGUUGCCGCAUUCUUUCUCUAUUUACACGGAUGCAUCACUGGUCCCAACAUUGCUGACGGUGAUCUUUCUCUCGUACGGUCUUUAGCAAACGAGUUGGAGAAGAUUAUGCAUUCCUCACCUUCUGGUGUCGAUACGGCAAUCAGCAUUUCUGGUGGUAUGGUUUGGUUUCAGAAGGAUAUUCAUGAUGGCUUCACAUCCAUUCGCCCUCUACCUCUCUCUUUGCGCCCUACUAACUUGCUAAAGCUGUUAAUAAUAAACACUAAUACCCCUCGGCUGACGGCAGACGUGGUGAACUCUGUUCAGGAGUUCCGUGAAUGCAAUCCCGGGUUGUGUGACCAGAUUUUUGAGAACAUAAGUGUUAUUUGUAAGGAGGCUGGGGCCAUAUUCUCAGCACCUCUUGAUGACGAUUCCUUGAAUGUGUUGUGCAAACUAUUCGUGCAGAAUCAUGAUGCUCUUUGCAAGCUUGGCGUGUCUAAUGAGGUUCUUGAUGAAAUUGUAAAGAGAUUAAAAACUAUUGGGUUUGGAGCCAAACUUACCGGUGCAGGUCGAGGUGGAUGUGCGAUUGCUUUGCCCUCCAAAACAGCAGACUCAAGGAAUGCUGUCGAUAGAGUGAAAAAUCUCCUCCAAGAUAUGAACGUCACUGUCUUUGAGACCACCUUUUGUGCUCCCGGCAUGAGAAUACAAAUACUAAAGUAG